GUAAUCUUUAUUAUCUAUUUGAAACAUGUGCUAUCGGGCGCCCUGUGGAUAAUAAAGAUCCUCUUCCUUGCUCUAUAAAUUUAAUUGCAGCUCAUUCGCCAUUUUUGCGUCGCCCAUAAUCCAGUUUGUUUGUCGCCCAAAGUUUUGCAUGACCUUAUUUUCAAUUACUUUCUCCUGGAUGUCAGUUGCCGAAAGAUAAAUUGAAGACAAAAUUUGUGCUUAUGCAAGACUUUGCAGAUGGUCAUCCAAGGUGUAUUUUGGGCAAUGCGGAAGUGGCGAAAGUUACUAAGUGAGUAAAACUGUUUUACGACCUUCAUUGGCUAAAAAAGGACAACCCUUUGUGACCUUAACUGUAACGAUUUCCUCAAACUUUCUUUUUAAAGUUACAACUUUAUUUUUGAUUUUUUCCUAGGGAUUUCUCCAGACUGCCAGCAACCUUCUCCACUUGAACAAUUUAAGAGAUUUCAAUCAAUUACAGAAGGUAUUUUUGUAUGCAUUCACAUUGUUUACCAAACUACUCUGUGAUAUUAGACGCUGGUAAAAUUAAACUAACAAUCUAAUUAAUCAAUUACCGGUUUUUUGUCUUCUACUUUGACAUUAAUUUGUUACGUUUUGUCUAAUGUUCAGUCUUUCAGUGCAAAUUUUUGUGUUUGUCCUUGUUACCUUUCAACAGAGUGAUAGGACAACAACUGAUUUAACCAAAAUAUUAGAGGAGUAUGGCCUCCAGGCAGCUGCUGGACAGAGUAACUUGAACUCGGUGCAAUCUGUGGUAAAGGACAACCUAGGUAACUAGAGUGUAAACAGACGCGCUGUCAGCAGGAGCCUCCCUUCGAGCAAUGUCACUUUAUCAGAUCCUUCCCCUUCCCCCUCCCGCACUCAUUCAUUCAACCUCUUCAUCUCGGCUGGGACAUAAGGCCGCAAUCAAACGACUCGCCAAUUUACCCUGUCCUGAGCCUGUUUGGCCUUUGCUUCGCCCGAGUUCAGACCCAACUCCUCCAGCUCUUUCGUCACUAUUGUCCACCAGGUCGAAGUAUAAUACGCAGGUUUGAAAAGGUUGAAAAUAAACUCAACUGAACUGAAGAACUUCAUUAUUAAGACCACAUUUUCAUAACUUUUUAUUUUCUGCCAUGUAGCAAUGGAGACACUACUUGUUACAUCUGAUGCUCAAGGACCAGUCACCUUUCCUAGUUAUUCAGAUGGUCCUUUGUCAUCACCAAACUGGACAAACUGUGGUAAACAAUACAUCACCUUACCAGCCAGUCUUUUCAGCGACGAUAACAGCUUAUCAACCAACGGUAAGUAUAACACAAUUCCAGAAGCGCAACAUAGCAACGCAGUCGAACCACAGUCCAGCUCACGAAAGCUGUCAACGUAAACGUUUAACGUCCUUGUUCUACAUUGUGUGUUGUAUUCUGGCAAUCGCGACAUUUGGCUUCAAAAUGUUGUUAUUAAGAGGUUUCCUGUUUUCUUAAAGUUGAAAUACAAUAGACGUUAUAAUUUUGUUUCGCAGGAACAAAAGUAGCAAGCUUUCUCUUCAGAACGUUAACUUCUUUCUUGAAUCAGGACAGGUACGGUAGAUAAAAAUAAUAUUCAAGGCAAUUUUCUCUGUAUAUAGUAUUUGUGUCAAUAUUCUUCAACUUCAUUUAAAAAAUCAUCUUAGUUCAGACUCUGGCUCCUUGUCAGUCUUUUAUCGUCAGUAUCUCAGUUACACAAUAACCACUUGCUCCUCUUCUCAACAUUUUUCGCUUGCACGGUCUCACUCUUCAGGUUUUGCAGGCUUAAUACUCGACGAUGAUAUCCUAGAGAGAAACACUUACAACGCACCGAUACAAUUUUCCUUUUCGUAAAACGGCUACUAUUUCAAUCCUAAGACAAUUAGAAACUUUUGACCUGUCGUUAAGAAUGUUUCUAAUCUCUCUACCUUACCACUACACUACUAUAGUCAAAACUGUGGAUAAUAAACUGUCUUUCAUAACUGAUACCUUUAAAACUGUUGACCCCAGCCCUUUCAAUACCUUUUAACGUAAAUUCAACUUGGUCUCAGACGUCAUUCUUUCUCAGACUAUUCAAAAUGUAUUAUUUGUCUUAUUGGUACUUUAAUCCAGGGAAUAUAUUACAGCUAUCUUGACUAAAAGUUUGGUUACCAAUGUUGGCACCGAUCGUUAAAAAUGACAACGACAGUUUACGAAAGGGAAAUAGGCAGCGCCGAUCACUUGAAGUUUAGGCAAAAAUAUGUGUCCAGUUUUAGCGUAUUAACAAUGCUUAUGUACAAGUAGUGUCUUUUCACAUUUUAGUGCAUAUGAAAAAGUUGGCCAGCAGUUCCAAGUAGAUUCUCGCAUCAUUGCUAGUUCAGUAAAGCCACCUCCAGGAAAAUUAGUUGAUCCUGUGGUGAUUGUAUUCGGCGGUGUUCAGGUAAUUUGUUAUAGAUCUGUUGCAGUACGUAAGAUAAGAAGUUUUUUUCCUUUUUUUACGUGCGCUGCAGCUAUGUAUCCAGAAAGAAAAGUUAAGCUUAUCUUUUCAACUUCUGCUGGAAAAGAAAAAGAGGAAAAAAGAAUUCUUGAAGUUUUGCUAGAGCCACUGUACCUGCUCAAGUUCUACUCACGUCUCUACUGACCUUGAGCGAUAUACAUGUGUGUAAUAGAGAUCUUUAUAAAUAAGUCAAAAAGGUUAUUAUGGUCAGAUAUUCCUCCCUGUUACUACGACAGUAUGUUCUUUAUCUGAAGGAGCCUGUUCUCCUCCCCCUCCCCCCUAGGAUGUUUUUUAAAAAUUUACAACUCGGGCUUAAAAGAAAAAAAUGGCUGGCUACGUCCUACAAUAUUCUGUAACUUUCUGAGCGAAGAAACCAUGUAACGAUGUGGUAAAGUAUACUUGACCGGAACGUUUUGUACUUUUAAACAAACAUUGUGUCUUUUGCUUGCAGGAUUCUGCUAAAUCUGUUAUCUGCGUAUACUGGGAUUACGACCUGUAAGUAACUAAAGAGUAGAGGCUACAGAUGUAGUAUCUGAGAUGUGUGUAUAACAGCACUUGAUGUAUUCUGAAGCAUGGACCCAGCUGUCUCGUAGCUUUGAUUGGAAAGGAUUAGGUUUAUUGUUAGCUCAUUAGUCUAGUUUUUAGACUUUACGUAAGAAAAGGGAAAAAAGACUCCUAAUGAAAGAGACUGCUUUCCCAAAGGGGAAUCAAGGAAUUUGACAAUCUCACGAAAGCUUCCCAGAUGGGAUGUUAGUAAACUUCAGGGUCGGAUGGUAGUCAAUUUUCUGUUGGUUAAUUAAGGACACUCUGCAAUUCCCCGAAAAAGGGUUGCUUCCAUAACAACGAGAAAUAAUAUUAAUGCGCAAGCGGCCGUUGCAAGUCGGUAAGCAACAAGUUCACUCUUAGUGGCAUGUUAAUUUUAGUUCACCUUUUAGUACAUUCAUGUACUGCGAUAGAAACUCACUAGCGUAAAUUUGGGCCUGAUUCAGUAAUGACACAUUCCAACUUAAAUUAUUAGCCCUGAAAAUGUUCUGUUUGAAUUUUAGUAAUGAGGAAGGUGGCGGCUGGUCCACUGACGGUUGUCAGCUUGCGUCACAUGACAACGGUAGUGUCACGUGCGAGUGUGAUCAUUUGACGAAUUUUGCGGUUUUGAUGGACACGACCGGCAUAUCCUCUGUAAGUAAAACUUUUUUGUUGACGUGUUACUUCAUGUCACACAAUAAACACCCAGGAUAACCUAACUUCAUGCUAAAACUAAAAUUUAUUUUUGCCCAGUCCAAUGUAUCGUGAACUUUCUUAAAGAUAUUUGAUGCAUCCAGUAAACAUGUCUGCUACUAUUUUUUUUACAACACUUUGUUACAGAUUUACAUACAAAGGGAAAAAGGUAUAAAAGUUACAAAAAUUGUCAUUACAGAGAAAAACGAUGAGAAACAAUAAACAAAGCAAAAGGCUUAACAGGAAGGUGGGGCCGGGGGGAACGGUAUUCGUUGUAAGAAGAAGAGAACGCUAAUCUAUACAAAGAAAAUUAUCAGUGGCAUAAGGGAGAGCGGCGCCAAAAGACGAGUCGAGUCAGCAAGACUGAGUAAGAAGAGUCUUACCUAAGAAUAAUGUUCUUAGAUAAGACGUGUCUAAGGUGCGUCUAAUUUCUUUAUACGGGAAGUUCGCUUCAUGUGAAUGAUAUUUGCCGUUAAUAGAAGGCUCGAUUUGUCAGAAUAUUGAUUUUGUAUUAAGAAAUACACUUUUGGACUAAGAAACCAUUAGUCAAGUUCGACCCCAACGCUCUCAUAACCGAUGGUAUUAUUUUCUCCUAGGAUAAAGAUAGAUCACUGAUUAUCAUAUUUAUUAUACAUUGUACUCACUAUCUGUCUUCUCAUUGGCUAAGAGCUUACAGCUAUUUUUUGGAAACCAGUGCAGCCUACAGAGUUAUUGAACUGUUUCUAUUUCUAUCUUUAUUGUAUAAUCAUUUACCUGUAUAUUAUUCUAUCUAGUAUUUAUAAUUGCAGUUAACUAUUCACCAAUUAUGUGAAUUUUAAAUUCAAAUUUUGGGGCCGUUAAAAGAUAUUUUGUUUCGGCAUAGCUUUGGCCUUGAGGAAGGCCAAUUUUGUUAGCCGAAAUAUUGGCCCAGAAUAAAUCAGCCCUUUGCCGAAAUGCCAGCUCUGAAUUCAGUUUUGUUUUACAGAUUAGUUAGUUAUCUGCUAUCGUGGAUAAUAGAAAGACCAGUCUUUCUAUUAUCCAUGCUGCGAGCAGACACUUAAAGACUUAUCUGUAGGUUGUUCGCGCAUUUCAUGACUUCCAUGGACCUUGAUUAUUCCGGGUUUUAUAAAAACUUCAUCCAAUAAUAUAUAUUAGGAUUUUGUUGAGCCAAUGUAAUGCGCAGAUGAAAAUUUCUUUCCCUGGAUUGAUAUUUGCGCAAGAAACAUAAAUAAAUAUUGUUAUAUUAUCGUUACUAUAUUAUUGAUAUAAGAAGUUACUAAUAGCAUAUUUGUAUUUUAAGGAUCAUCAGUCAGAACACAGUGAGCCGUUGCGUUAUAUCACGUUAGUUGGAUGUUGCCUCUCUCUACUGGGACUUGUCAUAACACUCAUUCUUCACAUUGUGUUGUGGAGGUUUGUUACCUACGCCACAAAAUUUGCAUGAGUUCUAAAAGUUGUCAAAUUACAAUGAUUAAAUAUAAUAAUUUGCUUUCUGCUCUUUAUUGAGGAUUUUGAAGUCACCCAAGACAGUAAUUCACGUCAACCUAUGUAUUGCUCUUCUUAUUGCUAAUAUCCUUUUGCUGGUUGGUUAUGUUGCUACAGAAUACAAGGUACAGGUGACUAGCUUAUCCAUUUAAUUAAUUAUAAACUUUUUAAUAUACAACUAUUGCAAUGUGAAAAAGGAGGGGCAAUGAUCGUACGUUCUUUUCUUUUUAUAGAUGUCAGCUAGACACUGAGUCAGUAGUAUUACCGUAGACAUUUGUUUUAAAUUGCCGAGAUAUAAUAGACUUCAGCGCCGCCUUCUAGCUUUUCCACACGAAUCCUUUUUUUUCACAGACAGACAAACAUCUAAGAGAUUCUUAAAUUCUUUUAUAACCUGUUUCUUUUAAGAUGAUGUGGGAGCUGACAUGUCACAGCAAUUAUUUUUUUCUUUUCGUUAUAUUUUUCGUCCUUUUUUCAAUUUAGAUCCUUUGCACGAUCGUCUCUGUUUUGCUUCACUUCUUCUUCCUGAGCGCCAUAUUUUGGAUGUUGGCUGAAGGAUUACAGAUUUAUUUCUCAAUUGUUAAAGUUUUCGCAGGGGAUGGAAAGCUUAAAUAUUUUUAUAUCCUGGGAUGGGGUAAGUGUCGACUGUUUACUCACCUGAUUUGCUUUUAUUAUUAUUCAAAACUGUCUCUGAAGGCUAAUGAACUUGUUAACUACUUAAUUUCUAAUACUUACUUAAUCUAAAGAAUACGAGUGUCUAGAUUUGGGGCGAGACUUGAUCAAGUUACUUCGAAAUUAAAAUCAGUGUCCCUUAGUACUGUAACUUUGCACUUAUAGAAUCCUGGGUUUAAGCUUUGAGAACACAACUCGACUCAACUUACAGUAAAUAUGAGUAGCUCCGAAAACCACCUGCAGGCGAGGCUGCAUAUGCAUCAGAUAGAUAUCGCGUGAAAAUGAUGUUCAUACAUUACAGCACUGUUCAGAUUCCUUAGGGAUCGUAAGAAUCCUAUUUAACCAGCCUAAAAGACCUCUUAAGCUUGUUUGUUUUGCUUUCAUUGGGAAAACAAAAUAUACAAGCUAAACAGUUCUAUUCUUUACAGUUACACACAAACAUAUAUACAAACUUUAUUUAACUGUCAAAAUCUUUAAGCAUGCCUAUGGAGGCCCACUAAUUGGGGACACUUAAAAAUAGUCAUUUUAGUUGCUUUUCGAUUGUACAUGUUUCUCUGUUAUCUUGUAGGUUUACCCCUGAGUAUUGUAGUUUCUUGUCUGGGAAUCACACAAACCGUUGGUUAUGGAGCUGAUCAAACGUAAGUGAUCUGGACUUUAGGCACUUUUGACCCAGAGUUGGGACGGUUAAAGUGUCGAUUGUUGACUGUAUAACCUCUUAAGACCAUCACACAGUUUUUCUGUUACCUGUCUCAAAUUUUUUCCCGCUAUUUUUUCAGUACCGUUAUUUUUAAACGUAUCCGCCGUUGUGUUUUAGAUGUUGGAUAUCUGUAUCAUCUGGCCUUAUUUGGACAUUUAUAGGCCCAGCCCUCACAGUUGUGUUGGUAGGUUUUUCCGCUUUGUCUUUGUUGAAAUUCUUGAAAUAAAAUGCAGAUAUUUGGAAAGGGGGUGGGGGAGGAGUUAAACGGGCUAUCUUUUAUCAUUGAUGAGUCUCUGAAUUGCUCAGUUAAGUAUAAAAUAUGUCUUCAGUUUUGCAAGGAGAUAACCGCAGCAGGAUUAGCUCGGUUGGUAGAGCCCUUGACUGAAGAGCGGGAAGGUCACGGGUUCGCUUCCCGGGGUCGGACCAAUGCUAAGGGUCUUAAAAGAACUGAGAAAUGAAGAGACGUGCUGCCUUUACCGUCCAAAAGUCUUUACACCUUUGCGUGGCUUGGAUGAUCACGUUAAAUGGGGUCCAGUCUCCAUGAGAUACCUAAACAUGGUGUCCUCAAUUAGUACUUUCAUGCUAAAUUGAUUGACUCUCAGAUAAAGUGCAUUUUUUAAGGUCAGUUAAUAACUCAUUUCAUAAAGUUGUUAAGGUCAACAAAUUCGCCUUCAAACUGAACAGGUUCUUCGCCUUGUGUACCCAAUUGAGCGUGGCCAAGAGGGUAUCCUCCUUUCCUGGGCUCUACUAAUUAUCACAAGUGUUGUAACUAACAUUUCAUAUUUAUGGCAGAUUAAUGGUAUUAUAUUUGUUCUGGUUUUACGCGCCAUGUUGACAAGUCACAAGAUGAUGGGAGCUUCGGACAGAAACAAAAUUAAGUAAGAUGGUCUUUGGAUUUUUUUUCGCUCACUGAAACUGGUAGAUAUGAAUUAACUAUCGACUUUCAGGUCUCAUGAAUGCGAUGUGGAAUAACGUGGAGUUCGAUCUUUUGAAUUGUCUCGUCUACCCCCUCAAAACACAAAAAGCUAAAAAAGACCUCUGACACGUGCUUUCUGUCGUGACUUAUGAUUUGCAUGGCACGGGGUGUAACUAAAUACCAACGUGCUAUUCUUGUCAAAUCAUAAUUUUUUAAACCUUUUUUUCUUUUUUUUUUUUUUUCUUGGGAGGCAGACAGAUGUAUUUGAACAGCUGUUUUUAUAUGACUCAGAUAAUUUUCAACAAAUACUAUUCAUUGAACGACCAAUUGGAAUAUUGCAUUUAGACUUAUAUUUUGUCUACAUAAAUGUCUCAAUUGUGGCUGAGUUUUUAUUUUUGUGUGUUAACGGUAGGGACACAGGGAUACUAACAUUCAAGUACUGCUCCUUAACUUCGCCUUAUUUGUGUCGCUUUGUUUGUUUAUUUAGACUUGGAAUCAAGAGUACUGUUGUUCUGCUACCUUUACUUGGUAUCACAUGGUUGUUUGGAGUUCUGGCAUUUGAUAAAAACACAGUGGUUUUCCUUUAUUUGUUUGCAAUUUUCAACUCUCUUCAGGUUUGUACCUUUUAGAUUACGUUGAGAUCGGAUUGAGCUUAAUAAACUGCUAAACCUUAUAUUAUUUGCUGUUUUCUUGCAGGGAUUCUUUAUAUUUAUUUUCCACUGCGUGUUAGAUCAACAGGUUUGUUACAUACUUAUUCGCUAU